CCGCCUCCUCCGCGCAGCAGGCACUGCUGUAUCCGCCUCCCCGGGAGCAGAGCAGAGCAGAGCGAGCCCACUGAGCUGGCCAGCGUCGCAAGCCGGCCUUCAGCAGCCACCCCGGCACCUGUACCCCAGCCCCGCGCCCCUGUACCCCCUUGGGUCCCCGGCCGCUGAGCCCCCGGAGACCCGCGGCCGGCCGGCCGGCCGCGCGAUGUUCCCCAAGGAGACGGCGUGGAACAUCUCGUUCGCCGGCUGCGGCUUCCUGGGCGUCUACCACAUCGGCGUGGCCAGCUGCCUUCGCGAGCACGCACCCUUCCUGGUGGCCAAUGCCCGCCGCAUCUACGGCGCGUCCGCGGGCGCGCUUACCGCCACCGCGUUGGUCACCGACGCCUGUCUGGGUGAGGCUGGUGCCAACAUCAUCGAGGUGUCCAAGGAGGCAAGAAAGCGCUUCCUGGGGCCCCUACACCCCUCCUUCAACCUGGUGAAGAUUAUUCGUGGGUGCCUCCUGAAGACUCUGCCAGCUGAUGCCCAUGAGCAUGCCAAUGGGCGCUUAGGCAUCUCCCUGACCCGGGUGUCGGAUGGCGAGAACGUGCUCCUAUCCCAUUUCAGUUCUAGGGAGGAGCUUGUCCAGGCCAACGUCUGCAGUACCUUUAUCCCAGUGUACUGUGGGCUCAUCCCACCGACCCUGCAGGGUGUGCGUUACGUGGAUGGUGGCAUUUCGGACAACCUGCCCCUCUAUGAACUGAAGAACACGAUCACUGUGUCCCCAUUCUCAGGGGAGAGCGACAUCUGCCCCCAGGACAGCUCUACCAACAUCCACGAGCUCCGGGUCACCAACACCAGCAUCCAGUUCAACCUUCGAAACCUCUACCGGCUCUCCAAGGCUCUCUUCCCCCCAGAGCCCCUGGUGCUGAGGGAGAUGUGCAAACAGGGAUAUAGGGAUGGCCUUCGCUUUCUGCGGCGGAAUGGUCUCCUGAACCGUCCCAACCCACUGCUGGCACUGCCCCCUUCUGGGAAGGCCCCAACCCCAGAGGAGGAGAAGGAGGAAGAUGAUGGGGAAAAGGAGCAGCCAGUGGUGGCUGAGAUGGCAGUGGUCCGAGCCCAGGCCAGGCAGGGCAAGCUGCCCCAGGGGAAUAGAGACCCUACUGAAGACCAUAUCCUGGAGCACCUCCCAGCAAGGCUCAAUGAAGCCCUGCUGGAAGCCUGUGUGGAACCCAAGGACUUCAUGAGCACCCUCUCCAAUACGCUCCCUGUCCGACUAGCCACUGCCAUGAUGGUACCCUACACCCUGCCCCUGGAGAGCGCAGUGUCCUUCACCAUUCGCCUGCUGGAGUGGCUCCCCGACGUCCCAGAGGACAUUCGGUGGUUGAAAGAGCAGACAGGAAGCAUCUGCCAGUACCUGGUGAUGAGAGCCAAGAGGAAGCUGGGCAGCCAUCUUUGUACCAGGUUCACUGACCCCCUGGAGCUGCGUCGGACACAGUCUCUGCCCUCAGUGCCCACGACCUUUUACAGAGGCGCCUUGCCCCGCUGGAUGCGAAACAAUUUGUCGCUGGCUGACGCGGUGGCCAAAUGGGAGGAGUGCCAGCGGCAGCUCCUGCUGGGUCUGUUUUGUACCAACGUCGCCUUUCCCCCAGAUGCCCUCCGAAUGAAGCCCCCCCCCUUGGGGCCCCCUGCCCUCCCCCACCACUGA